AUGCGGGGUGCUGAGUCCAGUCUCUUCGCGCAUUUAUUCGCUCCCGUAUAUGAGUCACAGCUCAAAAAUCUGGGGAUAUCGGAAAGAGACCGGGCCACUAGACAAGAGAAGCUGGAAUUGUGGGCAUGCUUCUGUAUGCAUGAGUAUUGGAAGGAAAGCAGGGUAGUCGUACACGCUUCCUCGUCUGAUGGGGCGAAGAAGCUGCCACACUAUGAUGAAUACACGAUGGAUGAUGACCCCGAAAAGCGGGUCGAGAAUGACCGGAAGUUCCUCGAGAUCUGUUGCGCCAUUGUCGCCGACGAGGAAGAUGCAGUGCUCGACGCAUUCGCAGGCUUUCACAGCAGCGUAGACGAUCUGAACUACUGUUUCGGCACGACCCUUCUUGGCUUCGCAGUUAGUACCGGACAUACAAAUAUGCUCCAACUGCUCCUCCGCUCAGUAAAAAGCAUAAAGCAGGAGCAGCUAUACAAGUACCUCUUCAUCGCCAUCGCCGAGCUCGAUCGCCCCAAGAAAACGAUCGGCAUAUUGCUCAACCACUCCAUACAGCAUCUGAAAGAUACAGCAGGAGGCAAUGUCUUCGUAAGAAAAGACAUAGCAAGACGGAUCCUCAUCAAAGAUCUCCUCAUCUCAGCCAAGGCUAAACGCGACAAGUGUGUCUUCGAUGAGAUAUACAAAUGGAUGGAGCGCGUUCCAAACUUUCACGGUAAACUCGUCAUCUACGAGGCUUUCUUCAACCAGACUCUAUACGAUGAGAAUACAUGCGUAUUUCUUCCCAAGCUUGAUACUCUAUCAAAGCAGGUUGACAAGAUUCCGGGGACACGCGCCGUGAUACCCCGGUACUACCUCAAAAAGCCAUACCAGCGGCAGCUCGAUAAGAAGUUUAGCGACGUGUAUCGUGAUGGCCGUUGGAGGUUACCACGUCGCUGGCUCUGGUACAGCGAUUCCAAGGUCCCGGGAUAUUACACGAUCGGUGGGGGGUCCAUAGGAAGAAGUAAGUACAUAAAGUUGACGAGCCCGCUGUUCAAAGCAGUGGCAAACAAGUCGCUAGAUUGGGCUGAUAGACUGUUGUGGGCUGGUGCGGAUGCGGGGUGCAAGGAAGAUGGCGUGGGCUUACUAGACGUAGCAUGGAAUGCCAAAAUCAGGAUAGAGGUUGCGCAGCUCAUUUAUGCGCAUGGCUGGAGGUAUAGAGAUAGGGAGUGGGUGAGAUGCGGAGAUGCUCUAGUCUAG